UUCUCUCACUACUUCUAUACUAUACCUUGUGAAGCAAUUAAUGGCUCAUUUUGUUUUCUUUGUUUUGUUGUUUGCUGGGCAAGUGAUUGGUGGAUUCAGUACCCAGAAACUGCCUCCAUCUGACAAUGGAAACACAUUAACUAUUCUGAGCAUUGAUGGUGGUGGUAUCAGAGGGAUUAUUCCAGCAACAGUUCUUGAUUACUUAGAUCAGGCUCUUAAGGCUAGGGAUCCAAAUGCAGAUUUAGCACAUUUCUUUGAUGUGAUAGGAGGGAGUGGCACUGGUGCACUCAUAACAGCUAUGUUAGCCACCCCAAGCCCUCAUGAUCCUACUCGUGCUGCCUUUACUCCUGCACAAAUUGUAGAAUUCUACAAACAAAAUGGCCCUCAUGUAUUCAAUUCAUCUAGACCUGGAAACGGUCCCCAAUUCGAUGGGAAGUUUUUACAUGACAUAACUCGUGAACUGUUGAAGGAUACACGACUUAGUCAAACAUUGACCAAUGUUGUCAUCCCAACUUUCGACAUCAAGACACAAAAGCCGGUUAUAUUCUCAAACUACAAGCUUGAGAAAUAUCCCUACUUCAAUGCCUUGAUGUCUGAUAUAAGCAUAUCGGCUUCAGCAGCACCCACUCUUCUUCCACCCUACUAUUUUGAGAAUGAUGGUGUUGACUUCAAUUUGAUUAGUGGUGCGGACUUGAGUAUGAUUAGUAAUGAUCUAGUGAAUGGGAAUCCGACUCGAGCAACAGUGAGUGAAGUACUACGACACAACAAGUAUUCCAAAAUAGUUGUUUUGUCAUUGGGAACUGGAACACCAGAAACUCAGCAGAUUUUCAAUGUUGAAAUGGCUGCCACAUGGAACAGUCAAACAUGGCUUAUUCCUUUGAUCAUUUUUCUUGAUCGUGCAACAACCUCCAUGAAUGAAUACUAUCAUGGUUCACUCUUCCGAAAACCUACCAUUAACUACCUUCGAAUUCAGGAAUACGAAUUGGAUCCUGAUCUCACAGACAUGAUUAAUGUUGCAAAAGAAAACAUGGAGGGUCUUGAAGAGACUGGGAAAGAACUUUUAGAAGAAAAAGUUAAGAAGAUCAAUUUGAACACUUUCUGUGUAGAAGAAGGCGUAGGAACAAAUGCUGAGGCUCUUGACAGGCUUGCUGAUAUUUUGUACGGAGAAAGACAGCAUCGUCUGAAACAGAAAUCUAUGGAAAAAGGAGGAAGACCAUUUCUUAGGGUUCCUUCAGACAAAAGUGAAGUUAAGUGGGCAUUUCUAAAGAACAAAGUUAUGUGAUUUGAUUUGUAUUAGUUAUCCAUGCUUGUUGUACUAUCUACAGAAUAAGGCUGAAAGCAUACAUGUGAGUUCUGUGCAACUCUUAUAGCCAGCAAGAACCAUGAAUAAUAUAUCAACCAUAUCUCCCUAUUGUAAAAACAAGAUUAACUCUAUGUCAGUUCUGAUUAAGAAGUUAUUACUUUUUGUUUUCCUGUAUUCUUAAGAACAUAAGAUCUUUGUGUGAUUAUGAAUGAUGUGUUGUAUGUCUACACAAUAUAUAGGUGGGUUCUGUGUGGAAAAUUAGUGUCUUGUGGACUUUGCAAGUGUAUCUUGUGAGUUGAGAUAUCUGUUAAGCAAUGUCAGAGAGCAUUUAUGAAA